AUGAAUAGUCCUAUGGUGACCAUUGAUGGGUAUGAAAUGGUACCGGAAAACGAUGAGAAUGCAUUGAUGAAAGCUGUUGCAAACCAACCUGUAGCAAUUGCAAUGGAUGCUGAUGGCAAUGAUAUUCAGUUCUAUUAUGAGGGAGUAUUCACUGGACACUGUGGGAGGGAGCUAAACCAUGGAGUGGCACUUGUGGGAUAUGGAGCAACUCGAGAUGGGACAAAGUACUGGAUAGUGAAGAAUUCAUGGGGACCUGAAUGGGGAGAAAAUGGAUACAUCAGGAUGCAACGAGGGAUUGAAGCAGAUGAGGGAUUGUGUGGUAUAACAUUGGAGGCCUCCUACCCUAUCAAGCAGCAGUCAUACUACAAACAGAAAGCAAUCUCUCAUCGUAGGGAUGAACUUUAGUUCAUCAGCAUAGAUACAUGUCCAAAUAAUAAUAGAUCACAAAACAUAAGUUUCUUAAAUUAUAUUAUGUUUGUUUUUAAGUUGAGAGUUGGAGUUGGAUUUGUUUGUCAUGUUUGUGUCUUAGCUAAUAUCAAAGUGCUCAUAAACUAGGGAUGAACUUUAGUUCAUCAGCGUAGCUAGAUACAUGUCCAAAUAAUAGAUCAAUAAAACAUAAGUUUCUUAAAUUAUUUUAUGUUUGCUUUUAAGUUGAGAGUUGAAGUUGGAUUUCUUUAUCAUGUUUGUGUGUUAGCUAAGAUCAAAGUGCUCAUAUACAUGAGAAGAUCAAAGUGCUCAUAUAUAU